AUGCAACCGCACAGUAAGACAUGGACAUUCUUUAUUUUUAACACUAUCAGCUACAGGACCGAUCGGGACAAAAGGCACUUAAUGGUGUACAUGGAUGAAAGAGAGGGCGCGGGGCGCCGUGAAGGCGCCGUGCUGCCCAAUUCCAUGGAGGCCUGCGAACCGCCAAUUCAGUUAGAACCUGUGGAUCUCAGCCUGAAACGACGUUCGCCUACGCCUCGGCGCCGCUCAAAACACUUCGGUACAAACUAUCCAACAUCUUCUAAAGUGAUCAAGAUAGAAGAAUCUACUUCAUCGCACCUACAUUUCAAUCCGAGCCACGAACUACCACGAAUAAAAAUAGGACCUGACCUUAGAAGCGCGCGAAAACUAAAGAAUGUUACCAGAAUAAAACAACCAACUAUCCAGCAGACUCCGCAAACCCCACUAGAAAUGUCAAAUCUUUUCCCGCCAUUACCAUUCACGAUUCCAGCCCAAGUAAAGCCAGUACCACACAUGGAAAUUAAAAACUUUUUUCUUAAUACUGCGUUACAUAACGCCUUAACUGACUCACUUACACAGCUAGCGCAGAAAAAGAUGAAUAUAGAUAAAAAAGAAACGUCAAACGAGAGUAAAUGUCAAGCAAAUAAUAAAACAGAUAAAAUGACAGAAGAAUGUGUUAAUGAAUCUAGAAGGAGGCUUCAUAAAUGCGACGUCGCUGGCUGUCAUAAAGUUUAUACGAAGAGUUCCCACCUAAAAGCACACAAACGGACACACACAGGAGAAAAGCCUUACAGCUGUGGCUGGGCGGGUUGUGGAUGGAGAUUUGCUAGAUCAGACGAACUGACACGACACACUCGCAAACAUACAGGGCAUAGGCCCUUCGCAUGCCCCCUCUGCAGGAGGGCCUUUGCUAGGUCCGACCACCUCGGGCUACAUAUGCGAAGACAU